CCGGGAGUGGGAAUGAAAGGUUGUAAACAUGGCGCCGGCCUUGGAAGACGAUGAAAUUGACAACGAUGAUUACUAUUCUUUACUUAAUGUCAGAAGAGAGGUACGGCAUGUUUGGAUGCUGUUCGGAUGUGUUUGUGUGGAUAUUUUGAGAAGUGAUUUCAUAGUCGGUUUGAUGCACGUUUUCUGGAACAAAUUCAUGUAGGCGGCGUACCGUUUUACUAGCUAGCUAGCCAGAUAGCUAGCUAAGUCAGUUGACCCCCGUUUAUGAUUGGGCGCGUUCGAGUGGAUAACUUUUGUCAAGUCGGUGACCAUCGUUGGUCACGCCUUUCAAAGUGUGUUGCAUUAUGUGGAUAAAAAUUGUCUGGCUUGCGGCUACAUGUCGACUACAUGAACUUUACAAUAACCAUGUGAUCAAAGGUCAUUACGUUUUUACUGCAGUUGACUGAAAGUUUCUGCAGUUCCCCAACUUCAUCCUGCAGCCAUCACCUUUGUGGGAGGCUCUUUUGUCAACCAAUAACAAGAGUGUUUUUGUUUGACUCAAGCAAAGACGUGACAAACAGGAAGCAACUUUGCUGCGAUUCAUGUAUACAGUGGAUAUGUACAAAUGAAUGUGAUAUUAGAGGCUCUCUCUCACCAAUUGAGUGUACAAUGUCAAAUCAAAUUUUAUUUGCCACAUGCACCGAAUACAACAGGUGUAGACCUUACAGUGAAGUGCUCACUUACAAGCCCUUAACCAACAAUGCAGUUUUAAGAAAAGAGAGAAAAAAAGUGUUAUACACAUUUCUGGUUGUGUGUCAUAUGGGGGCUGUUUAUUUCAGCAUUAUAAAGAAACUUUUAUAAACAAUGCCAACACUGCCAUGUUGCACUGAGCCUUGCUGUUGGAAAACCACAUCAGUGUCCGACUUUCGGCUGUCACCGAUGCACCUCCCCGACUUCACUCCUCGACUUUCGUCUACAGUCGGUUGCUUUAGGCUUAACACUCGGAACAAGCCCAUUGAUUUCAGACUGUUGGAUAAAAUGUGGCUAACCUAAUGGACGUUAGCUGGCAAUAUUGACAAGGACAGCAUCCCUGACUUUUGUCCAUGCCAUGGUAGAAUAGAUGGAUGGUAUGGUCACUUUUUUUCUCUCAUCAAUUCUUUGUCUUCUAUGCAGAUAUUGGUUGUGUUCGAGAGCAUCAAGUGUAAACUAAUAACUGUAUUUAUGAAUGGACAAAGCCAUCGAUCACAUCACACCAUUCAUUCCUAUGUGAAGACUCAAUAGCGCAUUGAAGGCAAAUUAAGUCAGUUAAGAUGGUGUCUCAUGGAGACAUAGCAUGCGUAGUUUGAGCUACUCUAUCCAGGACCUCCAUACCAGGCGGUGUCAGAGGAAGGCCCUAAAAAUUAUCAAAGGCUCCAGCCACCCUAGUCAUAGACUGUUCUCUCUGCUACCGCAUGGCAAGCGGUACCGGAGCGCCAAGUCUAGGUCCAAAAGGCUUCUUAACAGCUUCUACCCCCAAGCCAUAAGACUCCUGAACAGCUAAUCAUGGCUACCCAGACUAUUUGCAUUGCCCCCCCACCCCAACCCCCUCAUUUACGCUGCUGCUACUCUGUUUAUUAUUUAUGCAUAGUCACUUUAACUCUACCCACAUGUACAUAUUACCUCAAUUACCUAGACUAACCGGUGCCCCCGCACAUUGACUCUGUACCGGUACCCCCUGUAUAUAGCCUCCCUACUGUUAUUUUAUUUUACUGCUGCUCUUUCAUUAUUUUUAUUAUUGUUUAUUAUUUUAAUUUUUUACUUAUCUAUUUUAAUUUUCUUAAAAAUUGCAUUGUUGGUUAAGGGCUUGUAAGUAAGCAUUUCACUGUAAUGUCUACACCUGUUGUAUUCGGCGCAUGUGGCAAAUACAAUUUGAUUUGAUUUGACAUUGCAGGCUAGCUUGGUGCUGCCCCCUUUCAUUGAGUAACUCAAGUUGAAGGCUGACCAAGGUACUGCAGGCUGCCAUUAGCAAUUAAAUUAUUCUUAACUUUUGUUUGCGAUUUAAAAAUUAUCGGUUCAAAGACAUCUGGUGUAUUAGACUCAAUUAUUAGUACCAUGAUUGUCUUAAAAUUUUUAUUUUAUUUACGUAAAGAUUGACAACGAACAUUGGCAUUUUUUCAUUCACUAUAAUGGGGGAUACUGUUUUCUGCAAACAAUGCCUGCAGUAUCGCAGUCAGCUUUGAAUUCCCGUGGCUUCAAUGAAAGGGGGCAGUCGUUCUCCCCUGGGGUAAUGGUUGUAAAAUCGGUUGUAAAAUGGCUAGCUAGUUAGCGAAACCUUUGUUGUAAAGAUGUAUUUGUCUACUUGGAAUCAUAUUAACUAGCUAGUACUUUUUCACAAGUAUGUUAAAGUUCUCAUGUUUUCUUCUGUUAAUCUAUUAGGCAACACAGGAGGAACUGAAGGGAUCAUACAGGCGACUGUGCAUGCUCUACCACCCAGACAAGCACAGAGACCCUGAAUUGAAAAGGCAGGCGGAACAGCUCUUUAACCUAGUGCAUCAAGCUUAUGAGGGUAAGAAGAAUCCUAGACUGUGACUUCAUGCCAUUUACGAUCAUGGCUUUGCUCUGUUUCAGCUGAACAUUUAGCUCAACUUGCUCGUUGUUGUCUCUGCUUAGGAUUGUAUGUAUCUGAACCUUUCAUUGAAACUGAUCAGUUGCAUGUAUCUCCUUGUAGUCCUUAGUGACCCACAGUCACGAGCUAUCUAUGACAUCUAUGGCAAGAGAGGAUUGGAUGUUGAAGGAUGGGAGGUAAGUACAGCAUUUUCUUUUGGGCUUGCAUUUAUAACAUACAUAGUUACUGUGGAUGGAAGAAGUACUAAACUCAGCAAAAAAAGAAACGUCCCUUUUUCAGGACCCUGUCUUUCAAAGGUAAUUCGUAAAAAUCCAAAUAACUUCACAGAUCUUCAUUGUAAAGGGUUUAAACACUGUUUCCCAUGCUUGUUCAAUGAACCAUAAACAAUUAAUGAACAUGCACCUGUGGAACGGUCCUUAAGACACUAACAGCUUACAGACGGUAGACAAUUAAGGUCACAGCCUUUCUACUGACUCUGAAAAAUACAAAAAUAAAGAUGCCCAGGGUUCCUGCUCAUCUGCGUGAACGUGCCUUAGGCAUGCUGCAAGGAGGCAUGAGGACUACAGAUGUGGCCAGGGCAAUAAAUUGCAAUGUCCGUAAUGUGAGACGCCUAAGACAGCGCUACAGGGAGACAGGACGGACAGCUGAUCGUCCUUGCAGUGGCAGACCACGUGUAACAACACCUGCACAGGAUCGGUACAUCCGAACUUCACACCUGCGGGACAGGUACAGGAUGGCAACAACAACUGCCCGAGUUACACCAGGAACGCACAAUCCCUCCAUCAGUGCUCAGACUGUCCGCAAUAGGCUGAGAGAGGCUGGACUGACUUGUAGGCAUGUUGUAAGGCAAGUCCUCACCAGACAUCACCGGCAACAAUGUUGCCUAUGGGCACAAACCCACCUCGCUGGACCAGACAGGACUGGCAAAAAGUGCUCUUCACUGACGAGUCGCGGUUUUGUCUCACCAGGGGUGAUGGUCGGAUUUGCGUUUAUCGUCGAAGGAAUGAGCGUUACACAGAGGCCUGUACUCUGGAGCGGGAUCGAUUUGGAAGUGGAGGGUCCGUCAUGGUCUGGGGCGGUGUGUCAUCGGACUGAGCUUGUUGUCAUUGCAGGCAAUCUCAACGUUGUGCGUUAGAGGGAAGACAUCCUCCUCCCUCAUGUGGUACCCUUCCUGCAGGCUCAGCCUGACAUGACCCUCCAGCAUGACAAUGCCACCAGCCAUACUGCUCGUUCUGUGUGUGAUUUCCUGUUCUGCCAUGGCCAGCGAAGAGCCCAGAUCUCAAUCCCAUUGAGCACGUCUGGGACCUGUUGGAUCGGAGGGUGAGGGCUAGGGCCAUUCCCACCAGAAAUGUCUGGGAACUUGCAGGUGCCUUGGUGGAAGAGUGGGGUAACAUCUUACAGCAAGAACUGGCAAAUCUGGUGCAGUCCAUGAGGAGGAGAUGCACUGCAGUACUUAAUGCCGCUGGUGGCCACACCAGAUACUGACUGUUACUUUUGAUUUUGACCCCCCCCCCCCUUUGUUCAGGGACACAUUAUUUAAUUUCUGUUAGUCACAUGUCUGUGGAACUUGUUCAGUUUAUGUCUCAGUUGUUGAAUCUUGUUAUGUUCAUACAAAUAUUUACACAUGUUAGGUUUGCUGAAAAUAAAUGCAGUUGACAGUGAGAGGACGUUUUCAUUGUCAAGCUAAUGAGUGUCGCUGAUCAUCAGGCAGAAAUGGCUCAAAUGUUCUACUGAUUCCAGGUGGUGGAGAGAAAAAGAACACCAGUAGAGAUCCGAGAGGAGUUUGAGCGUCUGCAGAGAGAGAGGGAGGAGAGACGGCUACAGCAGAGGACCAAUCCCAAGGUCUAAUGUUUAUUAGUGUGUGUGUGUCUGUGAUGUAUUAGUGACUGUAGGACUGAAACCCUGCUGUUGCAUGAUCAUUUAUUGAUGUGACUGUGUCUCAUUCAGGGGAUGAUCAGUGUGGGUGUUGAUGCCACUGACCUCUUUGAUCGCUAUGAGGAGGAUUACGAGGAUGUGCCUGGAGGGGGCUUCCCACAUGUUGAGAUCAACAAGAUGCACAUAUCGCAAUCCAUAGAGGUAAUAGAAAAGCUAGAAAUGGGUUUGAAAAAGGCACAGUUCUUAAAAUAUGUGUAUGGGUAAAAGUAUGGCUUACAGACCACCACAUUGGAAAACCAGGUGUAUUGUUAUUUGUUAUGUAUUGCAGGCUCCCCUCACCACCUCAGACACAGCUGUUCUCUCUGGCUCCCUCUCAACCCACAACGGAAACGGAGGAGGAAACAUUAACCUGGCACUGCGGAGAGUCACCUCUGCUAAGGGCUGGGGGGAGGUCAGGAACCACUCAAUCAUUUACAGUUUCUACCUACAUAUACACAUACACACACUCACAUAGAAAACGCAUGCACACACUGAAUACUAGCACACACCUACAAUACAUGCAAACAAACAAUUAUCACAUUUGUGUUCUAUUUUACAGAGUAGCCCAAUGUGAGAGUUCUAUUUUACACUGAGUAGCCCAAUGUGAGAUUUCUAUUUUACAGAGUAGCCCAAUGUGAGAGUUCUAUUUUACACUGAGUAGCCCAAUGUGAGAUUUCUAUUUUACACUGAGUAGUCCAAUGUGAGAGUUCUAUUUUACACUGAGUAGCCCAAUGUGAGAGGUUAUUUGUUUACCCACCAGGUGGAGUUUGGGGCAGGAGACACACACGGGCCUCUCUUAGGUAUGAAGAUAUUCCGCAACCUCACAGCUCGCUGGUAAGUCAAAAUUCCAGAACAUUAGAAAUCUGUAAAGCAGCAUCCCAUUGUGUUUGGGCGAUAGUUGAAUCAGAAAAGACGUAGAAUGACUGUUGUUUUUCUCCAGCUUUGUGACUGCUCAGUGUGGACUCCAUUUCUCGUCCCGGGGCGUGCGGCCUAGUUGCACCACGAUGCUGGCUCGGCACCUGGACAAGAACACCAUGGGGUACCUGCAGUGGCGCUGGGGCACCCAGUCCUCCAUGAACACCAGCAUCGUCAGGGACACCAAGACCAGUCACUUCACCUUCGCCAUGCAGGUCAGCACAGCAUAAGAUAAUUAUAUAUUGUAGUAUAAGAAGGGACUGCUGUCUAUUGCAGAUGUAUUCUCUAUUUUCCUUUCCUAACUGUAUUUGUUGGCCCUCACAGCUUGGGAUCCCUCACUCCUUCAUGAUGAUGAGCUACCAGUACAAGUUCCAGGACGAUGACCAGACCAAAGUCAAGGGCUCAAUCAAGUAUGUCCACUUUAUGAUAAGAUUUGAACAUUUGGGCCUCCCGAGUGGCACAGCGAUCUAAGGCACUGCAUCGCAGUGCUUGAGGCGUCACUACAGACCCGGGUUUGAUCCCAGGCUGUGUCACAACCGGCCGUGACCAGGAGUCCCAUAGGGCAGCACACAAUUGGCCCAGCGUCGUCCGGGUUUGGGGAGGGUUUGGCCGGGGGGGCUUUACUUGGCUCAUUGCGUUCUAGCGACUCCUUGUGGCGGGCCGGGUGCCUGCAGGCUGACUUCAGUCUUCAGUUGAACAGUGUUUCCUCCAACACAUUGGUGCAGCUGGCUUCUGGGUUAAGCGGGCGGGUGUUAAGAAGCGCGGUUUGGUGGGUCAUGUUUUGGAGGACGCAUGACUCGACCUUCGCCUCUCCCGAGCCCGUUGGGGAGUUGCAGCGAUGAGACAAGAUUGUACUUGGAUCGCAAUUGGAUAUCACGAAAUUGGGGAGAAAAAAAAUGAAUAAAGAUUUGAACAUUUAUUUGUUUUAAUAAAUGGAGGCCAUUGAAUCUUAGAACUGAAACCUUUAUUAUAAAUCAUCAGGUAAGUUCACAGACAAUAUAGGAAGACUUGCUGACUGUCUCUGUCAUUGUCUUGUAGAGCUGGCUUUUUUGGGACAGUGGUGGAGUAUGGUGCAGAAAGAAAGAUCAGUCGGCACAGUGUCUUGGGGGCGACCGUCAGUGUAGGAGUACCUCAGGGCGUCUCCCUAAAGAUAAAGUAAGUAUGGCUCAGUUCUUCUUAACCAAACUACAUCAGUACAGUAGUUGUUGGCAUAAGGCAUUUGGGUUAUUCUUGAAUUGUGGUGGCAUUUUAAAAAUGUACAUGUAUUUUGUACAUCUUCUAAAUCAACUAAUAUGGUAGCUUAAUUAAUGACUUAAAAUAUUUUUUACCAUUAUCAUAACAUUGUGCCAUCAGUAGGAGUAGUAACACCAAUGACACAUUUUAGGUCAUUGAGGAUUUUCUUUAAUGGAGGCCACAGAUUCUCAAAGCUACGGUCAUUAACACUUUACAAAUAUUUACUGAAGUGAUAUGAUUUAUAAUUUUUGCUCACAAUUUAAUUUCCCUUAAUUUAAAUUGAGUAAAACCAAUGACAUGUUGUAUUUAAACACACCAAAUUAUCAAUGGAAUCCUAAAUUUGACAUACUAAAAGGGUGUGAUUAGCUAAUAAUUUUCUUUAAAAUAUACCCCUCCCCGAUAAGUUUGCCACUGGAGGGAAUGCUCAAGGUCCUUGUAUAUCUUUGUAAUGAGGCAUUUUUAAGGCGAUAACAGCAAUGACAAAACUUGGACACAUAUUAUAGUAAAAAAUAUAUAUUUUAGUUAUUUGUCUAUACAAUAUAUUAAAUACUUUUGUUUACUUUCUAGCAUUCAAAAUAAUACACUGCUCAAAAAAAUAAAGGGAACACUAAAAUAACACAUCCUAGAUCUGAAUGAAUUAAAUAAUCUUAUUAAAUACUUUUUUCUUUACAUAGUUGAAUGUGCUGACAACAAAAUCACACAAAAAUGAUCAAUGGAAAUCAAAUUUAUCAACCCAUGGAGGUCUGGAUUUGGAAUCACACUCAAAAUUAAAGUGGAAAACCACACUACAGGCUGAUCCAACUUUGAUGUAAUGUCCUUAAAACAAGUCAAAAUUAGGCUCAGUAGUGUGUGUGGCCUCCACGUGCCUGUAUGACCUCCCUACAACGCCUGGGCAUGCUCCUGAUGAGGUGGCGGAUGGUCUCCUGAGGGAUCUUCUCCCAGACCUGGACUAAAGCAUCCGCCAACUCCUGGACAGUCUGUGGUGCAACGUGGCGUUGGUGGAUGGAGCGAGACAUGAUGUCCCAGAUGUGCUCAAUUGGAUUCAGGUCUGGGGAACGGGCGGGCCAGUCCAUAGCAUCAAUGCCUUUCUCUUGCAGGAACUGCUGACACACUCCAGCCACAUGAGGUCUAGCAUUGUCUUGCAUUAGGAGGAACCCAGGGCCAACCGCACCAGCAUAUGGUCUCACAAGGUGUCUGAGGAUCUCAUCUCGGUACCUAAUGGCAGUCAGGCUACCUCUGGCAAGCACAUGGAGGGCUGUGCGGCCCCCCAAAGAAAUGCCACCCCACACCAUGACUGACCCACCGCCAAACCGGUCAUGCUGGAGGAUGUUGCAGGCAGCAGAACGUUCUCCACGGCGUCUCCAGACUCUGUCACGUCUGUCACGUGCUCAGUGUGAACCUGCUUUCAUCUGUGAAGAGCACAGGGCGCCAGUGGCGAAUUUGCCAAUCUUGGUGUUCUCUGGCAAAUGCCAAAUGUCCUGCACGGUGUUGGGCUGUAAGCACAACCCCCACCUGUGGACGUCGGGCCCUCAUACCACCCUCAUGGAGUCUGUUUCUGACCGUUUGAGCAGACACAUGCACAUUUGUGGCCUGCUGGAGGUCAUUUUGCAGGGCUCUGGCAGUGCUCCUCCUGCUCCUCCUUGCACAAAGGCGGAGGUAGCGGUCCUGCUGCUGGGUUGUUGCCCUCCUACGGCCUCCUCCACAUCUCCUGAUGUACUGGCCUGUCUCCUGGUAGCGCCUCCAUGCUCUGGACACUACGCUGACAGACACAGCAAACCUUCUUGCCACAGCUCGCAUUGAUGUGCCAUCCUGGAUGAGCUGCACUACCUGAGCCACUUGUGUGGGUUGUAGACUCCGUCUCAUGCUACCACUAGAGUGAAAGCACCGCCAGCAUUCAAAAGUGACCAAAACAUCAGCCAGGAAGCAUAGGAACUGAGAAGUGGUCUGUGGUCAACACCUGCAGAACCACUCCUUUAUUGGGGGUGUCUUGUAAUUGCCUAUAAUUUCCACCUGUUGUCUAUUCCAUUUGCACAACAGCAUGUGAAAUGUAUUGUCAAUCAGUGUUGCUUCCUAAGUGGACAGUUUGAUUUCACAGAAGUGUGAUUGACUUGGAGUUACAUUGUGUUGUUUAAGUGUUCCCUUUAUUUUUUUGAGCAGUGUAGAUAUCUCUAAAUCCCCAAAACAUGUCACUACUGGGCAAUUCCACGGUAACGGAGUGAGGCACAAACCGUCAUUCUGUUACCAAACCUUGCAUCUGCUCUGUUUUUGAAGUAAACGUGUUUUUGUAAAAUGUUCAGUGGAAAUUGUUAAAAGUAGUCCAUGGUUUGCUUAACUUUGCAAUAAUUGUUUUUUGUUUGACAUACAUUUUAAAGUGAAAAAUCUGAGUCUCAGCAUCACUCAUCACUACUGGGAGAGACGGACCAAUUAGCUUGCCCUAAGUACUUAAAGGUAGUCAGCGAUAUGAGGUCGCACGAGCAGCACCGCUGAUAUGGCGAGUGAGAGAGAUACAACACUUCGCUCUCACACAGUCACACACAGUAUCUGUGCAUGUACACAGGUUCGCUUUAUGCUCUUACAACGUGGUAGCCAAUGGACCAAAACAGCGAAGAAAUUUAGCCUCGCACUCCAACGCUGUUAGUUGUUGCAGAAAUUGACCCACACUGCUAUUUACUUUGUGCAUCUACGUCAUAUCGCUGCUUCUACCUUUAAAACAAUGUAUAAAUGUAACGUUUUGCAGUAUAAAGGACUUGCAUUAUGUUUAAUCAUUGAUAAAUAGUUCAAUAUGAACCAUUUGUCAUUUUAAAGUGUUUUUCAUGGUCAUGGUUGCAAACGCGAGGGACGCAAAUGCCCAAUUCAGGAAUGACCCAUUUGUUCAGAAUAAGUGUCUGCUAAAUUACAUGUUUUCUAUUGAUUUCUGUUGGAACUGAUCAGCCAUUAGUGAAGUUUUCAUCAAUUUGUCAAAAGAUUUUCAAGUGAAUAUUCUAAUUCUAAUCGACCUGCUGCUUCGUGUUUCCAUCAAACUGGCUUCUUGCUAAAUAAAUGAUGUGCGUAAUGAAUUAGUGCACAUAAAAGCUCUUUGUUGUAUAACCUUUCAUUUACCAAAUAAAAAACACAAGUGCUACAGUAUGUUUCCAUCCCAUCCCAACUCUGUCAAUGAUUUUGGAACAAAAAGUCUGUGAUAAACUGCAAAUAUGCCCGCUCUGGUCUUGGCACGUGCACUCUAGGAACAGCUCGCAGAUACACUGCGAUUAUGGAUAAGAGUGAGAUUUUUAUUUGUCAAUUGGCAGCCAAGCAGCGAUCAUCAUGUCACUAGCAUACAAAUGAAGACCCUCCAUAUUUAUCGGAAAGGAGCAUCAAGCUCAUCACCGUGCACUUUCACCACCCUGUGAAGUUCAUCAUAACUUCAUUAAUCGGUAGCCCAAUAAACGGUGUAUUUUUUGCCAGGUCGUAGUGGGAGGACCACACAACAUCAUAGCGUGACUGCAAGUUUACUGCAACAUGAUGGUUAUUCUAUCAACAAAUGUGCCAACAUUUUCACAUUUUCACUGCCAUUUGUCGCAUGAUUUAUAUCACCAACAAAAAAGCUAUCCACAUCUGUCUUUCGUGUUUUGUUCUGUCGACAUUUGGAACAUUUACCGGAAAUUAUACCGGCAUCAGGCCUGUCGUCAGUUUUUUAUCCGACAGGUACUUUCCUCACAUAAAAAUGGUUAGAUGGAAACUUGGUUAUUGAUGAUGCAUCUUAUUUGUACAGGCUGAACCGAGCCAGCCAGACAUAUUUCUUCCCCAUCCAUCUGACUGACCAGCUCCUGCCCAGUGCAGUGUUCUACGCCACGGUUGGACCACUCGUCUUCUACCUCGCUAUUCAGAGACUCGUCAUCAGGCCCUACGUGCGCGCCCAGAAGGAACAGUAAGACUGCCCACUUAUCUACAGUUCAUGUUAAAGUCUGUGUCACUGACAGCAUUUCAAUUGCUCAUUGUGUGAUGGCCUUACAGCUUCCUAGCUUGGCUUUACUAAUGUAAGUAGUAGUAAACAAAUUGUGUGUGCAAUGCAAUCUUGGGAAGCCCUCCUAAUUAGGUUAAUAGUUGCCAUAGCGCCCUGGUAGCAGCAUAGACAGAGCUCCUGUACAUUUUUACAUAUUUAGUUAUUUUAAAGUGUGUUUUUUUUCUCUAUUGUUUGUGGAACCAAGGUUUUUGUUUUUGAUAACCAUUUGUUUUUAUUGCAUACAGUACCAGUCAAAAGUUUGGAGACACCUACUCAUUCAAGGGUUUUCUUUAUUUUUACUAUUUUCUACAUUGUAGAAUAAUAGUGAAGACAUCAAAACUAUGAAAUAACGCAUAUGGAUUCAUGUAGUAAGCAAAAAAGUGUUAAACAAAUAAAAAUAUAUUUUAUAUUUGAGAUUCUUCAAAUAGCCACCCUUUGCCUUGAUGACAGCUUUGCACACUCUUGGCAUUCUCUCAACCAGAUUCACCUGGAAUGCUUUUCCCACAUAUGCUGAGCACUUGUUGGCUGCUUUUCCUUCACUCUGCGGGUCCGACUCAUCCCAAACCAUCUCAAUUGGGUGGAGGUUGGGGAUUGUGGAGGCAAGGUCAUCUGAUGCAGCACACCAUCACUCUCCUUCUUGAUAAAAUAGCCCUUACACAGCCUGGAGGUGUGUUGGGUCAUUGUCCUGUUGAAAAACAAAUGAUAGUCCCACUAAGCCCAAACCAGAUGGGAUGGCGUAUCACUGCAGAAUGCUGUGGAAGCCAUGCUGGUUAAGUGUGCCUUGAAUUCUAAAUAAAUCACAGACAGUGUCACCAGCAAAGCACCCCCACACCAUAACACCUCCUCCUCCAUGCUUUACGGUGGGAACUACAUAUGCAGAGAUCAUCCGUUCACCCACACCGCGUCUCACAAAGACACGGCGGUUGGAACCAAAAAUUUGGACUCCAGACCAAAGGACAAAUUUCCACCGGUCUAAUGUCCAUUGCUCGCGUGUCUUGGCCCAAGCAGGUCUCUUCUUCUUAUUGGUGUCCUUUAGUAGUGGUUUCAUCAUAAUGCUUGAUGAUUUUUGCGACUGCACUUGAAGAAACUGUCAAAGUUGUUGACAUUUUCUGUAUUGACUGACCUUCAUGUCUUAAAGUAAUGAUGGACUGUUGUUUCUAUUUGCAUAUUUGAGCUGUUCUUGCCAUAAUAUGGACUUGGUGUUUUACCAAAUAGGGCUAUCUUCUUGUCACAACACAAUUGAUUGGCUCAAACGCAUUAAGAAGGAAAGAAAUUCCACAAAUUAACUUUUUAGAAGGCACACCUGUUAAUUGAAAUGCAUUCCAGGUGACUACCUCAUGGAGCUGGUUGAGAGAAUGCCAAUAGUGUGCAAAGCUGUCAUCAAGGCAAAGGGUGGCUAUUUGAAGAAUCUCAAAUUUAAAAUAUAUUUUGAUUUGUUUAACACUCGUAGAGAGGACGACUGGAUACUAUUCUAAACUGUGUGGUGAGCUUUCAAGCGCCCAGUGGGUGCUUCACAGAGCAGAAGAGGAGAAGUCCAGUGGCUAUAUGUCUCAGGCUGGUUCCCGGACUUGCCCUCACCAAGACUCCCAUUUACCAUCCUCUGACCAGUUCCCUCCUGUCAAGCAAUGAGCUGACCCUCUCCAUCUGCAGAGGAUGCAGCAUUCAUAUUGCUUGUUUGUUUUUUGCUUAUGAAGCGCUUUGAGAUUCCUAUUAUGAAAAGUGAUUUAGAAGUUCAAUAAAUGUAUUAUUAAUUAAUCCAUUAUGCCUCUCCACUGUAUAGGGACCUGGAGAAGCACCGGGAGAGUUCAGCCUCAGACAUUGCUAGGAAGAGGCAGGAGGCAGAGUCUGCUGUGAGUGCACUAUGUCUCCUUAUAAACAAUGUCUCCUCAUAGAAAUACAUAAUGUAUAUCGGCAUCAAGCAAACACACAUUUCUUACAGUAUGAUAAAAACACUAGGACUAGAUGCUCUAUUGGUCUCUUUUUUGUGAAUGUUAGCAGCUUGAUCUGACAUCUCUCUUUCCUUCUGAAGGUUUUGCUAAUGCAGGAAUCUGUGCGCAGGAUCAUUGAAACUGAGGAAUCUAGAAUGGGUAAAUGGGCUUCUGUCAGCACCAGAAGUGAUCAGUAUAAGAACACAUUAAAUAAGCUAUAAAACUAGUUGAUUGAAUCAACAUGCUGACAGGAUGUUGUUUCCUGGAUCAGGUCUCAUCAUCCUUAACGCCUGGUAUGGCAAGUUUGUGACGGACAACAGUCGGAAGCAUGAGAGGGCAAAGGUCAUCGAUGUGACUGUUCCGCUGCAGUGCCUGGUGAAGGACUCCAAGCUCAUCCUCACAGAGGCCACAAAGGUAUACAGCCAUAGUUACUAGACUAACUAUCAUAACUUAGUUGCCCUGAGUUCCCUUUCCUUUGGAAUUACUGAAUGCAAAAUAUCAGUAUUAGAGUAAUUUUGGUCCAUUCAAAUUUUCUGAGUAUUAUACAUGGUACAGUACAUGGUACUGAUAAUGUUAAUGCAAUUUUUGGUUACAGAAACACACCAUGAAACUAUAAACUGCCUUAGGCGUAAUAAGUAGGGUUGACUGGUCUGUGAUGAUGACUGAUGUUGUUAUUGUGUUGUCCUCCCAGUCAGGACUACCUGGGUUCUAUGACCCCUGUGUGGGGGAGGAGAAGAGUCUGAAGGUCCUGUAUCAGUUCCGGGGAGUGAUGCAUCAAGUCCUCUCUCCCGAAGGGGAAGCACUCAGGAUACCAAAACAAUGUAGGUAGCCUUACCAAUAUGUCUGCUCAACUACAUGAGUUACAUUUCUUAAAACACAUACUGUAAUUGUGUUCAACAGUAUUCAAUUGCUGUUUUUUUCUCUUUCCCUCAUGUAGCUCACAGGAUUGAUGCCGAAACAUAGGAACCUCUUCUGGACAUGACACAACGUUAAACUGAUAGUUUGACAAUGGAUGGACAGACUUGUAUUGUAGACACCGAUUUACCCCUUGUGUCCUAAAAGAAAGGCAUGCAUAUCCCCUCUCUUUAUGUUGUCCAUCUAAUUAUGCAGAGGAGGAGAAAUGGCAGAAACUUACUCAGUAGGGGGUUGCCCUUUUGAAUGAAAUUCAGUCUAAAGUCACUCUCAAAAUGGGAUGGUCGUAAUCUCGUUUUCCUCAGCCUAUAGUCUAUGAAUCUUUAAAGGACUCCCCUUUCAGGUAUGGCUCGUAAUGGAUGACUCAGUACUGUACAGACACUGCAGUGCCUAUGUGACCCUCUUGAAGGUAUGAAUGCACCAUAUUAUUAAAAUCUAUCUUUUCCAAGCUGCAAUAGCCCAUUUUGGAAAUUGAGCUGGAAACAAUAUUUUGUCACAUUAUUUUUUGUACAACAUACACAUUAGUCAAAAGAUUAACCCAAAGUUGAUUGGAAGUGUACCCCACCUUCUGUAUGGUUUGCACUGUCAGAGAUCAAUGGAUCUACUGACAUGAUUGCCCAAUAAGGCUAUGUCAUCUGGGUGUCCUGUGCCUGACAGGUCAGUGAAUAGUACAAGGCUGAC